UUUUAUGAUAAAGAUUCUGAAAAGAAUAUGUGCGUUUGGUGUCCUCAUUUGCCAGUGUGCUCCAGUUGGGAUUUGAUAAAGUGAUCCCCGUGCGGUCGCGCUUUUCGACCAUUCAAAUUUGAAUUUUCUGGAACGAGCCCGUAGACCAAAUCGGCGGUUGGUGUUGACCGUUGGCGCGUGAAACGCGUACUCACAGUGAUGUUCAUAUUUCAGUAGGCCUACGUAAAUGAUUAACAAUGUCGAGUUCAGAGGAUAGCGAAUAUGAAGAUAUCGAGGAAUUCUUUUCAGCGUCUGAUUGGCGUGAGAUGUCUAAUUAUGAGAAAAGUAGCUACAGGAGUGCGAAAAGAAAUUUUCUCGCUAUGCAACAGGCAGGCCUCUCCCCGAAACCUCCCCAUUUCAUGAAGAGCGGGCCAAAAUUGAAGAAGCCCAAGAAGCCGGCUGCGAAGAAGGUUAAGUGUGUCGAGGAGGAAGACUUUGACGAGAAAAAUUUGGAUUGGUCCCCCGAGAAAGAAAAUCAGGCAGUAAGCUGUGCUCGCCCUUCUCGUCGCGCCAAGAAGUUUGUGGCACCAAAAGUCGCGAGGUCAGCGCCGAAGAAAACCGCGCGUGGGAAGGAGAACGUCGCACCACAGAACACUUCUCUGCCAGAGGUGAAUCGGGCUCGGGCAGCAUCAACGGCGACGAGCGAGCCGCCGACGGCUGAUCCUGAACAAGACCCAGGACCUGCCCCAGGACCCUCCACCUCCACCCAGGCUGAGGGAGCCCCUCGCUACCCGAAGAGGACCGGCAGCCGGGGGAAGGUGUACGCUGAGUGCCCCGCGCUUGACGACGACGACUUCUUGUUUUGCGACGACUGCGGCAAGGAGUGGGAGGGCGAUUGUCCCGAACACGGGCCUCUCCAUAUCAUCCCGGACACCGAGGUACUCGACGCCCGCCCCGACCGAGCGCUGCACACCGUGCCCAGUUGCCUCGCCGUGCUCGACAGUAAGAUCCCCGGCGCCGGCCUGGGCGUCUGGGCCAAGGAGGCCAUCCCCCGCCGAGUGCGCUUCGGCCCCUACGUCGGGGACAUCACCAAGAAGAAGGAGACGGGCUAUGGCUGGGGGAUCCGCCGCGAGGGCAAGACGGUGCACUGCGUGGACGCCCUCGACGUGGCCCGCUCCAACUGGAUGCGCUACGUCAACUGCGCGAGGAACUCGGGGGAGGAGAACCUGCACCCCUACCAGCACAAGGGCCAGCUUUACUACCGCACGGUGUGCGUCAUCCUCCCCAACACCGAGCUGCUCGUGUGGUACGGCGACUCGUACGGCCGGGACCUGGGCAUCGACCCCGCGACGUACAGGGAGCCCGCCACGGACGCGCGCGCCCUCACCGGAACCUUCCCCUGCGAGCGGCAGUGCGGGGUAUGCUUCGUGAGCCCACUACUGCUGGCCCAGCACCAGCGUUCGGGUCACUGUUCCGCCGAGAUCAAACGGCGUCAAGCGUGCGGCGCUCCCGGAGCUCCAGGGGGAGGGGGCAUCAGCGCGGCGGCGGCUGUGGGGGAAGACCAAGUCCAGCGGCGCACUGAGGAGGCCAGCGGGAAGUGGACUCUCUGUGGUGUGUGCGGUGCUGCGUUCAGGAGCAGAGACCUCAAGUGCCACAUGCGCAUCCACACGGGGGAGAGGCCAUUCAGCUGCGGCACCUGCGGGUCUGCCUUCAAGCAGAACUCCGAUCUCCGGAAGCACAUGCGCAUUCACACGGGGGAGAAGCCCUACAGCUGCGGCACCUGUGGGGCCGCCUUCACGCAGAGCAACAACCUCCACGUCCACAUGCGCACCCACACGGGAGAGAAGCCCUACAGCUGCAGCACCUGUGGGGCCGCCUUCGCGGCGAGUACCAACCUGUCGACACACUUGCUCAUCCACAAGGCGGAGAAUUCAUACAGCUGCAGCACCUGCGGGGUUGCCUUCCGUGUGAGCAACGACCUCAAGGCCCACAUUCGCACACACACGGGGGGAAAGGCCCACAGCUGCGGUACCUGCGGGGAAGCGUUCGUGUCGAGCAGCUCCCUCCAGAGGCACAUGCUCACCCACACGGAGCAGAAUCCCUACAGCAGCGGUACCUGCGGGACCUCCUUCCUUGUGAGCACCGACCUCUCAAAACACAUGCGCACCGACACGGGGGAGAAGCCUUACAGCUGCGAAACCUGCGGGGGAACGUUCACGAGGAAGAGCGACCUCUCGAAGCACAUGCGCAUCCACACGGGGGAGAAGCUCUACAGCUGCAGCACCUGCGGGGGGACGUUCACGAGGAACCACGACCUCCGAAGGCACAUGCUCAUCCACACGGGGGAGAAGCCUCACACCUGCGGUACCUGCGGGUCCGCGUUCAGGGAGAGCGGUGCGCUUAAGAAGCACAUACGCUCUCAGCACAGCGAGCAGACCUAAGCGGAUCUACACAAGAAACUGCUUGUUGUCUUUUAGUUUGUUGUUUUUUUGUUUGGUUUUUUCGUUGUUGUAGAUUGGUUAACUAAUCUAAUACUUUAAAUUUCUCUCUUAAUUUUAGAGCCCAUGAAUUCUAAUCUGUUCACAA